AUUGGUUAGCUAGGCAUGGUAUCAAAAGAGUAAAAUAGUAUAUAAUUAAGAACACAAUCAUGUAAGUCGCCGAGAAAUAAAAUAAAUACGAAUCAUCGAGUCUUUUCUCGAAAACAAUGGAAAAGAACUAAACAUUUUUCAUUGUUGCCCUAAUUGAAGUUUCAAGUUAGCUUAUCUAUUUUUCAAAGAGAUGAUAAAUACAUACAUGCAAUGCACUGAAAUAUAAAUUGUAUCAAACAAAUCACAAUGCAAGUUAUUUUCAACGAAAACGCCUCAGAAGAAGCGCAAGAAAGCGAUGGAAACAUCAAACUUGACGUUACAAUGAAUCUUGUGACCUCUAAACCAAACUUUAAACAACGUCUCCGGCUACUCAUUCAUUCAACUCCAUACCAGGUGGUGUUGAUAUCCCUGGUGGUGGUAGAAGCGUGCUUGGUGGUGGCAGAGCUGGCAUUGGAGGCAGAAGAAGGCCAUCAAGCAAUUAUUUCUGGUCUGCACAUAGCGUCUCUUUCUCUACUGGCCAUAUUCCUCGCUGAACUGAUUUUCAAGAUCUGUGUUACUCCCUUGGAAAUAAUCAAGUCUUGGGCAGAGCUUCUAGAUGGGGUGGUGGUGGUGGCAGCUACGGCGCUCGAGAGCUUCUCAUACCAUCACCGCGGCGCUACGCAGGCCGCCGGUCUGCUCAUCACACUCAGGCUGUGGAGGGUCGUCAGGGUUCUCAACAAUUUGAGCGCAGCCGUGCGGCUAGCGGACGAGCGCAAGUUCCAGCUGGAGCGGCAGAAGCGGCGGUCGCUGGAGUUGCAGCUGCGGGAUCACAAGCGCCUCAAAGAAGACCUGGAGGCGCUCAGGGAGAAAUGCGCGGUGCUGGAGCUCAAGCUACAGAGUCGAGGAAUUGAUCAUACGGACGAUAAUUGUAUAGCUAAACAGCAAGAUUCCGAUGAAUCGAACUGAAAAUCUUCACAAUUAGGAAAGUAAAUUCAGGCAAUCAGGGAGAAGUGGGCUGCGCUUGAGCUCAAGCUACAGAGUCGAGGAAUUGAUCACACAGACGAUAAUUUUCUAGCUAAGUAGAAUGUUCCUUAGUAGAACGGACUAAGUAGUCAGUUCCGAUGAAUCGAACUGAAAAUAUUCACAAUUAGGAAAGUAAAUUCAUCCAGAAUGAAAAGAAUAUGCACGUAUUGUUCACACAAAUUUCAUGAUGUGCGAAAGAUCACUAUAAAUGCAAAAAAAAACAAGCAAGUUUCCGUUCCUUCCAAAAUCCGACCAUUGCAAUUUUACCAUAAUCAAAAUCUUCCGUAUAUUUAAAUAAACUUGUCGAGUCUUAAAUUGAUAAAGAUAAAUUUCUGAUGAAGUGGUAAAACCCUAUAUAUAGUAUUACAAUAAUUAGUUACGAACGAGUUGGAGCUUCGGUCGGUUUUGCAAACAUGUUAAGUAGUAAAAUUUUGCAAGCAUUUAUUACUUCUACGGAAGUGAUUUAGUGAACUGACAGCGUAAUUGAUGGACUUGGAUCGAUCAAAAAAAAAGCCCCCGUCACCAUAAUUAAUGGACUUGGAUCAUUUUAAAGGCCUCCGUCACCAGAAGCUGAUUACGAUCCGGACGCUUAUUCUGGCAAAAUUAUUGCUGACAUAUCGGAUGAAAGAUUUAGAAAUCUCACUCAGCCAUUUUCGUUCCCAUUCAUUGUUUACUUCAAGAGGCCAUAUAUAACCAUGGAUUUGAUGCGAGCAUUCGUGCUGCUGCGAUAUUUGUGCCACUCAAAAAGUAUUCAAUGUUAGAUUGUGCAUUGCUUAAUAAGGCAAAUGUACUAGUAUUUGCAAGUUAUGUUUUUGAACAUCGAAUUUUAUAAUUUUAUGCUUUUAUUCAGCCUGAGGAUUGUUCCAACUGAAGACGUUGUUUCGUUUCGACUAAUGCUGUUGCAUGUCAUAUUAACCUUGAAUGAAUUCAACAACACAUUUCGAAGAAAGUGUUCGAAAUCAUUGAAUAAAAGCAAUAU